UGGUUGCUGACUGGUGACACACUAUCAGUGGGUGUUUUCCUCUAAGCCUGGGCCAUGAAUUUGAGCGCGCUGGGGUCCUCAGUGCCUGCCUAGCCUGGCUCUGGCAAGUCUCCAGCAUUCCUGAGCAGCUCGGAGAGUAGCAUGUGUUCCAAAAGGUGUGAUGAGCGCCUGGCUCUGAAAUUUCUACUGCAGCUUCACUUGUUCCUGGCAACGAGCACUCAAGGUCAUUCAGAACGACUGGUGACUGCCCUCUCUGGAAGCAACGUGAGCCUGCAAAUCCACAAUCUGCCUAAAAACUACCAACAACUCACCUGGUUUUACACUACUAACCAGAAGAUUGUAGAAUGGGAGUUCAACAAGACUAAUUACUUCAAUUUUAAAUUUAAGGACAGGGUCAUGCUUGACCAUCAAAGUUUUGCACUGUACAUCUAUAAGGUGCAGAAAGAGGACAGCAGCACCUACCUGGUGAGGGUGUUGAAGGAGGCUGGGGACGAGGAGGAAUGGAAGGUCACCCUGCAGGUGUUUGAUCCUGUACCCAAGGCUGCCAUAAAAAUCGAGAAUACACGAGAAGUGGACAAUAACUGUGAUCUGAAGCUGUCGUGUGCGGUUCCAGAGCAGUCUGUGCGCUACACCUGGUAUGGGGACUCAGGGCCCAUUUUAAAAGUCCGUCAAAGUGCUGUGCUUGAAAUCACUGUUACACCGUCGAAUUACUCCAGGUUUUACACCUGCGAAAUCAGCAAUCCUGUGAGCAGCGAGAAUGACACCGUUUACUUCACAUUACCUUGUAAACUGGCUCGAUCAUCUGGAGUGUCCUGGACUGCAGCUUGGCUAAUGGUCCUGGUACUCAUCGUUGGCUCUUUGUUGACCUGAAACGAGCUCUUCUAACUCAAGAGUGAAACUUGAAGACGACAGGAUCUUGCUUUCAUCAGUAACGAUGCUCUCAGCCAGGGCAGUAGCUCUGGCUACAGGGGAAGCGGGGAGUGUGUUUUGAGGCAUCUACAAGAAUUUUCAAAUGAACUUUCUAAAAGCCAUGUUUAACAUUUUAUUUUACAUCCCUUAGUUGUUUUCCAACUAUAACAAGUAUAUAGAUACACAUACUUCCCACCAAAAAAAUAUGAUGACAUCAUAAAAUGUUUUCUUGUUUAAAUAAACAUUUGGGAUUAGUGUCCAAGUGGAUCCCUGAAGUCGCCCCACAUCUGUUGGACAAAUGCCGACGGCACUAGCCUGAACACACCAGAACAUGGAGACACACAUGAGAAAAGCCUGGAACCAGCGGCUCCCGAGCACCAGUGCAGCCGAGGAGUUCAUUCCUGCUCCCUCUGACUCUUGCUCCCACACCCUUGCCAGACUUCCUGGGGCCCUGGCUCUCCCAAACUGCCCUCCUACCAAGUUCUGGCCUCCUUCUCGGUGGUUUGCUUUGUUCCGGCCUCUCUGAGGAACAAGCUCAUUAGGUUUUCCGGGAAUAUGGCAUCAGGGUUAUUGCUCCAGAACUGAGCAUAAAGCUUUAUCACAUAAAGAGAUUUGCUCCCAAGACCUUCAUGGAGAACUGCGUUCCCCCUCCUCCUCUUUCUACCAUUGUUGCUGUGUGGGAAAGCAUCAUGAAUUACAAUCAUCAAAUUGACAAAAUGUUCUCACCAGUGUCUUCCAUUACACAAAGGUAGGAGCCCCCAGGCCCACCACUGACAUGGCACCUGGAAUUUUUGCUUGAUUUUCCCUCCUCUAAGGCUCCCCGUGGGUUGAAAGGGUCAUGAAGGAUGUGCUCCCCCUCCAUGAAACUGCCCACCACGGAUCACUUUCCCCUCACACUGAACCAGCCUUCCCCCACACCACCCUCUUCUGGGGCAGAGACAAUACUGUGUCUGCCACCAAACCCUUUCAUUUACCUCCUGGGCUCUGAUGGUUAAUUUUAUGUGUCAACUUGACUAGGCCACAGGGUUGCCCAGACAUUGGGCCAAACAUUAUUCUGGGUGUGUCCCUGGAGGUAUUACUGAGUAAGAUUAACAUUUGAAUCAAUAGACUGAGUAAAGCAGAUUACCCUCCCUCAUGUGGGUGGGCCCUAUCCAAUCAGUUGAAGGCCUGCAUAGAACCAAAAGGCUCAUCCCCCACAGACAAGAUUUCUUCCUGUCUGACUACUUCUGAACUGGAACAUUUGGACUUUUCCUGCCUUCACACGUGGACUGUACCAUCAGCAACCCAGAGUCUCCAGCUUGCUGAUUCAGAUCUUGAGACUUCUCAGCCUCCACAAUUGCAUAAGCCCAUUACUUGUACUAAAUCCUUGUGUGUGUGUGUGUGUCCUGUUGCUUUUGUUUCUCUGGAGAACCUUGACAAAUACAUGGACUAAUAAAAAAACACCCUUUCCCAGCUCCCCUUUCAUCUCACUGGGGCCAAGCAACUAUUUUUAGCCAAUAGAAAAUGGGUGGAAUUGAGGUGACAGGAAGUGAGGGAUCCUGGGAAGUGGAACCACAUAACAUAAGGAGCCUGGGUCCAAGUCGUUGUUUGGAAGGCAUCUGCCUGAUCUACAUUGGUCUUGCAUAAUGAGAAAGUUUGGGUUUUGUUUGUUACCACAGGACAGCCUAGACCCCCGAAGACACCCACCGCCUGCUUCGGCCCCAUCUGCAGCCCCAUUCCAGUGUCCCCUCUGAUCAGCUUGCAUCCUGCAGUCGGCCUGUCUGAGUCUUCUUUCUGUAUGCACGUCUUUCCAUUUUUCCCUCACCUUUUCUUGGCAGAGGGGUUUUCUUGGCACAGACACACCAUCACACACACACAUGAAUGGAAUAAAAAGGCAUUUCUGGGGAAAGCAGUAAGAAGAAAGAAAUGUCACUUUAUAACACAAAUAAGCCUAUUCCUCGGUUGCUAAGGAGUAGACACAUCUCUCCAGGCUUCGUGUUACUAUUGGUUCCAGCUGGGAACCUGAAACAAAUCCCACCUUAAAAAUCCCUGGUUUCUGGGACCAGCUGUUGCCCGCCUCUCCCAUCCCUCGAGGCAGUGCCAGACACAUAAUCUGUGGGUCUCAGCACAAAAUAAAAAUGUGUAUGUCAACUAAACUUCAGUAAAAAAUAAAUAAAAUAAAUGUGUUCAAAAAGGAGGUAAAAUGCCAUUAAAUGUUCUAAAAUAUGAAACCUUUUCCUUCUGCAGCCUUUCUUUAUUAGGGAUGCUUUAAAAUAUUUUAUUUUAUUACUAUUUAAAGUUCUAAGUGAAGAAAAAUUAAAAAUUUUCAUUACUAUGAA